AUGAAGAUAACAAUGAGGUUGCGGGUACAAACGAUAGUGGUGCUAUGUACUGUUGUAUUGUCGUAUGCAAAUGAGAAUUACGAGAACAAGCUGACGAAAUUAUGGACUAUGUCUGGUGCUAGAAAAAGUGAUGGAUCAGCAAUAUUAAACGUUACGAGUGCAUCGAUCGUGAUACAGCCAUCAAGUUACAAUAACGACUACGCUCCUUCCAGGACUUCUAGGGAUUCUAGAUACCCAAAUCCUCAAAAGAGGUACGCUUUUAAGCCUAGAGCUAUACCCUUAAGGAGAGAUGAGCCGGCUCAAGUUGAAAGGAGUGUUUAUUAUUCGCCUGGUAACGCAAACAAAUACAACCCUGAGGUACUUUUCCCCGGUAAUUAUUUCCAAAUUGCCAAAGAGAAAAGUAAUAAAAAUAUCACAGAAGGACAAGGACAAGAGGUGAACGUUGCGCAGUUUCAUCCCAAAGCUAUCCCUUUAAUAAGAAGUCAAGAAUUCCAGAAGAGAUCUCUCGAUAUUGACACUGAACCUAUUAUAGAGAAACCUAGAGAUUUUUCUGAGCAAGUUGCAUCGCGAAGAUCCAUAUCGUAUCUCUUUGGCGAGGAUGGCGAUGAAGCCGAUGAAGAAGAGGAAGCAUUAGACGAAUUAGAAACAGAAGAAGACAAUAAAAUAACAAAAGGGUUUAAACACAAAACACCACUAAAACCUAAAAAAACCAAACUCAAAAAGUAUGUUCUGCCAUUAUUAUUGGCUUACAAGAUGAAGUAUUUCGCCUUGGUGCCAGUUAUGAUUGGAGGGCUGAUUCUACUGAUCGGUGCGACGGGCCUGGCUGGUUUCUUCUUCGCGUUAUUCGCAGCAGUCAUGGGUCUACAAAAGGGCGGCGGUUAUUAA